AUGGCUGCGCCCAUGGGAAAAAUUUCCGUCCUCAGAAAUGUGAUGUUUUCUUGCCAAAAGUGCUUUUUAGCACGCUAUUCAAGUUCCACUGUUACUUCAAAAGGUGUUAGGCAUGAUGAAGCCAGUAAUGUCAAUCAAGAAUCUGAAAGGGAAACUUACCCACAUCCAGACGGUGCCACUUCCAGCUAUACCAAAUCACGAGAUAGAGUGGAUGACUUUUUGACAUGUUUUAGAUCUCACCGAAGUAAUGAAAAUGACAAACUCUACCAAGGCCACAUCCCCACAACACCUUUUCAAAAAGGUCUACUGGCUGCUGGAUCUGGAGUGACGGCCUUUUUCAGUCCUUGGAGAGAUGAUAUGGUACAUUAUUUUGGUGAAACUACUGGUUACCUGGCUUUGAGAUGGAUGAGACAGAAAAUGAUGGAUGAUCCUGUCGGAAGACAGAUAUUAGAAGAGAAGCCUCGCAUCAACUCAUCAACUGUUGACCUCGACUACCUGAGCAAGCUGCCUCCUGGUACGCUUGGGAGAGAGUACAUUACUUUCCUGGAGACAAAUAACAUCACCCCAGAUGAUCGCCUUUGCGUCUCCUUCAUAGAUGACGUUGAUCUAGCCUUCACCUUGACAAGAUACCGAGAAGUCCAUGACCUUGUCCAUACUGUGCUAGGCAUGCCUACAAACAUGCUCGGGGAGGUGGUUGUCAAAUGGGUCGAGGCAAUCCAGACUGGUCUCCCAAUGUGUUUUCUUGGAGCGUUGUUUUCACCACUCAGAUUUGGUCCAGUGUAUCGACAGAGGUAUUUAUCAGCCUAUUGGGCAUGGUCACUUCGAGUUGGAGCACAGUCAAAAACAUUACUGAAUGUCUAUUUUGAACGUCACUGGGAAGACAAUUUGGAGGAGUUGAAGAGAGAGUGGAACAUUGAACCUUUACCUGUUGUGAAGUGAUUCCUUGGAGGCAAGAUUGAUUUCUGAAACACCAGAACAUAGCAUGGCAACAAUUGUUAAUGUUGGGCUGAUGACUGGCAUGUGCCUCUUACAGAUUUAGGAGUUCACCAUGUCAUUCUUGGUCAAUGGAAGUAAGGUGUUAAUCCUCUGUCUGGAGUUUGAACAGGACCAUUCUGUCACUCUCAUAUAUUUGGUUAGCGGUUACCUCAUUAUAAAUUCACCCAACUGUUAUGCAUUAAUUCAAUAAUCAUGUAUUAAUGCAAAUCAUGGUUCAUGAAUAAGAAUUCAUCAUGUUUAUGUCACAGUCCCUCAACAAAUUUGUUAGAACUUAACAAUCAGAAGAUAUUUAUGCUAUGUUCAUGUGCAUGCAUAUGCGUGCGUCUUUUCUUGGAAAGUGUGAGAAUAUAUUAGUGUUUUAUUUAA